CCCCUGUAAUUAUGAUAAUUAUUCGGUUAAUCAUCAUGUCUUCAAAUUAUCUAGCUCUUUGAGGUCUCGUACUGAGACUUCUACCUCUGGGAUCAUUGCUUGCUACUUAUUAAUCCUCUUUCUACCUCCUUAUUAACUUAAAUGUCAAGUACCAAGAUGACAAGUUUACGAUGAUUAGGAGAAACUAGAGGCUUAACUCAGAGAAAUCUCAUGUCUGCUUUCUUAUUGAGAAUGCUUCCUUUCUUCUUAAGAAUUCAUGAAGAGUCAGAGAGUGUGGAUUCAUUGGCUUACAUGCAUGUAUAGUUUUUAAGGAAAGCAGAAAAUAUUUGGAGGAAAGAUAUAUGUUUUAAUUUUUAAAAAGUAAGGUUUGGUCAUCUUUAUGAAAUCUAAUUUUGCUCAUGAAAUCUUGAGAAUAGAAAUAUCUCAAUUGUUUAAUUUCGCAUCAUCUGCAAUGAAUUCUUCAUUCACUUGCUUGAGCUUGGGUAUUUAUUUCUAUACCACAAAAUAUUAUUUUGAGAUUGGAACUUAGUGUCUUUUGUUCUUUUAAUUUCCCUCUUGGGAAUUUCCUAUUAAUCGUUAUCAAUAUCAAUUCUUUAUGAUUUCAUUAAUAAGAGGCCUUAGCAUCCUCUAAAAGGUUCAUAGGAAAAGAGAGUGAAAUCUCCGGGCUUUGUUUGCUGAUUUCUGAAAUAAAUUGGUGAAUUUUUGUGUUAUAUUCAAUUGAAGGUUCCUUCUCUAGACCAGUUGUACCUACGUUUUAUUGUACUCUUCUUUAAUAAAAAUUCUUAGAUUCUUCCCUGAUUCCAGCAUUCACUAGAAGGUUUUCGGUAGGAUAUUUGCCUAAAUUACAAGAAUAUGUUGUGCUUGAGAUCUAAGGAACUCUUUCUCCUUUGGGAAUUUAAUCAUCAACUGUAAAAUGGUGUCUUAUGAAUUAAAUAAUCUUCUCUGAUGUGAAUCUUUCAGAUUGGGUUUUUGACUUCAAUCUCUUCAUAUUGCUAUUUUUGAUGUUAAAAUAGGAUUUCACUGGGCCCUGUCCUUCGACUCUUUAUCUUAAACAGAGAUGGUUUGCUUCUUUAGGGAUGCUAGAUAGACCCCCAUUCUUUCAACAAAAUACAUA